AGAAGCAUGUCGACAUCCUCCCUUCAAUCGUUUGCCGAUUUCUAUUCCCCCUUCUCGUCCCGAUCGCAACCCGCCCGAAUGUCUCAGUCUCAAACCCCCGGGUUGGAUACACUCGCGGAAGGGUCCCAGUAUGCGCUAGAGCAGCUACAGCUGGCCCGACAAGCUGGCCCGACAAAUCCUCCAAUCGAUCCUGCGCGCAGUCACCUCGAUAUCGAACCAUCGCGAUCCCCACCUCCGUCCUAUCAUGAAAAAAUUGGCGCUCAGUCUAGUGGGAACACUUCUUUGCAGCAGCGAGAUAUGUUGGCCGAAGCUCGGUCGGCAAUUCGCAAAGGUUCAUCUUCCACGCCGGUGCGUCGGCGAAUAAGUCGCGCUUGCGACCAAUGCAACCAGCUGCGCACCAAAUGUGACGGACAACAACCUUGCUCUCACUGCACCGAAUUUGGACUCAGCUGCGAGUAUGCACGAGAACGUAAAAAACGUGGGAAAGCUUCGAAAAAAGACCUUGCGGUGGCCGCUGCCAAUGGCGAAAGAAUCAUCACGGACAGCACAACCGCCCAAGACAACUCUCCACCCGCUCAGUCACCCCACGACAAUAAUGACACCUACAGCACGACUUUCAACGUCGCAAAUGCUCGCUCAUUACCCGAGUCGGCGCAAUCACAUAUGCGCAAUUCUAGCAUCACGGGGAUGGAGAGGAUGCAGCAAAACCCACAUGCUCCGCCAGUACAUUCAGAGCCUCUAGGGACAAACAUUGACGGAAUGUCCCUAAACUAUGGACAUGCAGCUGAGUCAAAUCGCCCGCCAAUGUCUGUAUCCGAUCUUCGCUCCUUGCAGAUGAUGCAGCAUCCUAAUGGAAAUCCCCGGUCACCACCUGCGAUGCUACACCACGGAUUUGGAUCGGGCUACAACGAUGCUCCAUAUCCAGUGAUGAACAACCAUGAGAGCAAUUCGUCAAUCAAUCAAUUUCGUAUCGGAUCCUCUACAGAAAACCCGCCCGCCACAUUUUUGGGAUUUACUCCACCAGCACAAUCUCCCAGCUGGCUUCCUCUCCCGUCACCAUCUCCCGCCAACUUUCCGUCGUUUAGCAUCUCUCAAUUUCCAGGCUCAUUAAGAUACCCCGUGUUACAGCCCGUCCUUCCCCAUAUCGCUUCUAUAAUUCCACAAUCCCUCGCGUGCGACCUUCUGGAUGUUUACUUUACAAGUUCAUCUUCAUCUCAUCUUUCACCGUUGUCACCAUACGUCGUUGGUUUCGUUUUCCGCAAACACUCUUUCCUCCAUCCCACAAAACCAAGGGUGUGUAGCCCAGGUCUUCUGGCUAGCAUGCUCUGGGUGGCAGCGCAGACAAGUGAGGCUGCCUUUUUGACUUCACCUCCUUCAGCUCGAGGACGGGUCUGUCAAAAGUUGCUUGAAUUAUCUGUUGGUUUGCUUCGACCGCUUAUCCAUGGACCUGCCACUGGAGAAGCAUCUCCAAACUACGCAGCGAACAUGGUAAUAAACGGCGUGGCCCUCGGUGGAUUUGGCGUCUCGAUGGAUCAGUUGGGUGCUCAAAGUAGUGCAACAUGUGCCGUGGAUGACGUUGCUACUUACGUCCAUUUGGCUACUGUAGUUUCAGCCAGCGAGUACAAAGCAGCUAGCAUGCGCUGGUGGACUGCUGCUUGGUCUCUUGCACGGGAGCUCAAACUCGGUCGGGAAUUGCCACCCAACACAUCUCGUCAAGAUGGAGACCUAGAAGGGGAGUCAGAAAUGGACUUGAAUGGGAACAAAAGACAAUCGGCGUCAAUCUUCAAUUCCUUAGGCCACGGCCCAGGAAGCUCCCAGGUGAACCUCACAGAGGAAGAGCGCGAAGAGCGUCGGCGUAUUUGGUGGUUGCUAUACGUGAUGGAUCGCCAUUUGUCGCUUUGCUAUAAUCGACCUUUGACUUUUCUGGAUAAAGAGUGCGAAGGUUUACUACAGCCCAUGAACGACGAUCUUUGGCAGGCGGGUGAUUUCUCGACUGCCAGCUAUCGACGAGCCGGUCCGGCCUUUGAAUGUACUAGCCAUAGUAUGUUUGGCUACUUCUUGCCCUUGAUGAGUAUCCUCGGUGAGAUUGUGGAUUUGCACCAUGCUCGAAACCAUCCCCGGUUUGGCCUUCAUUUCCGCAAUAGUGGUGAAUGGGAGAGCCAAGCCAUGGAGAUCACUCGCCAACUGGACGUGUAUGCUCAGAGCUUGAAGGAGUUUGAAGCCCGAUAUACCAGUCCGAUCGCUAUGGGAGCCGGAGACAAUGACAUAGCUAUGGAGGGGAGUCAUCCUAACCAUCUCAGUCCAUCUGGCCGCUCAAGUAGCACCGUUGGAUCCUUCAACGAGUCUGUCGUUCAUACCAAAAUGGUUGUUGCCUAUGGGACCCAUAUAAUGCAUGUCCUUCACAUUUUAGUGGCGGACAAGUGGGAUCCAAUCAACCUCCUCGAUGACAAUGAUCUCUGGAUUUCCUCCGAUUCCUUUAUAUCGACCAUGGGCCAUGCCGUCAGUGCGGCCGAGGCGGCCUCUGAUAUCCUGGAAUACGAUCCAGAUUUGAGUUUCAUGCCUUUCUUCUUUGGUAUAUAUCUCCUGCAAGGCAGUUUCCUUCUGCUCUUGACCGCAGAUAAGCUAGCAGGAGAUGCUAGUCCCAGUGUUGUCAAAGCCUGUGAGACAAUCGUGCGUGCACACGAAGCAUGCGUUGUUACUUUGAAUACGGAGUAUCAGAGAACCUUCCGCAAGGUGAUGCGCUCAGCUCUUGCCCAGGUCCGUGGCCGUGUUCCUGAAGACUCGGGUGAGCAACAACAACGGAGACGUGAAGUAUUGGCGUUGUAUCGGUGGAGUGGAGAUGGAAGUGGUCUUGCUCUUUGA